CUAACAUAAGGUUAGAGCAGCUGACUGCAGGAGACGCUGGCAACGAUGCGGUCCCUUCAAAGUAUUCGUAGUCUUUUCUUGGCACCAGUGCGUUCAGGGUCGUUGCUGGAGGUAGUCACAUACACUGUCAUGGGCUCCUCUGCUAAACGAGAAUACUCUCAAGAGUUCCUUCAGAAGUGUUAUGACGACCAUCGGGCGUUAUGGGAGAGUAAAAAGCAACCAGAGAAUGUCAACCCUAGAGCUGUUUUUGCAAGCAAUGAACUAGAUCUUCGAGACAUUAAAGUCUAUGGCUUCGACUAUGACUAUACUUUAGCACAUUAUGAAGAAGCAGUUGAACACCUAAUAUAUGAUCUUGGAAAAAAUGUUUUGAUCUCCAAAUACAGGUAUCCUGAAGAAAUAAAAAAUCUGAAGUACAACCAUGGCUUUGCUGUUCGAGGUCUUCACUAUGACAUUAAACAAGGUCUCCUGAUGAAGUUGAACCAGUUUCAGCAGCUGCAGUUUGGAUCCAUAUAUCAAGGUCUAACUCCCCUUACCCAGGAGCAAGUCUUGAAAAUAUAUGGUAGCCGGUCGCUGUCACUGCAUUACAUAGAGGGACACAUGAGAGGACAAAACAAAAUGGCACACCUAGCAGAUCUCUUCUCGUUACCGGAAAUGUGUCUCCUAAGUCAGGUAGCACAGUACUUCCUUGACAACAACAUUCCCUACCAUUCUGUCCCACUCUUCAAUGAUGUUAAGGCAGCCAUUGCCAGCAUUCACCCUGAGAUGCAUCGUGUUGUUGGUCGCAACAUCAGCGAGUAUUUGAUCAAAGACCCAAGUCUCGUUGACUUUUUUGAUAGGUUAAAGAAACAUAACAAAGAAAUUUUCAUCAUAACCAACAGUCCAUUUUAUUUUGUAAAUGCUGGAAUGUCUUACAUAUUAGGAGAGAAUUGGCGUGACUACUUUGAUGUUGUGGUUGCUAAUGCCAAGAAACCAGCAUUCUUCACAGAUAGCAUGAGACCUUUCCGUGAGCUCAAUGAAGAGAUACACGUACAAACUUGGGGACCAGUAACCAGUCUGGAUAAAGGCAAAAUAUAUUUAGAGGGAAAUCUGCAGCAGCUACAGCAGGUGAAAGGUUGGCAAGGUCAAGAAGUUCUUUAUUUUGGUGACCAUCCAUACACCGAUCUAGCGGAUGUUUCUCUCAACCACAGUUGGAGAACAGGUGCUAUCAUAUGGGAAUUAGAUUAUGAGAUACAGUGCCUUAACUCUGAAGAAUACAAGAAAACAAGUGGCUGGCUGAUGAUCUUGCAGUCACUGAUAGAGAGCUGCCAAGACUUUGAGGAUGAAGAGUCCCGUAAAAUGAUAAAAAAAUGGGAAAUGGAAAGAGAUCAGCUAAG